ACUCUAAUUUAAGGUUAUGUCGAAGCCGCUUGUGAAAUUUUAUGCUCCCAUAAUAAAUAGUGAAUUAUCCUAAAAAAUACAAAGAAAAUGAAACUCAGUAUCGACGGAUUACUUGUGUACUUCCCCUACGAGUACAUCUACCCCGAACAAUAUGCAUAUAUGUUGGAACUCAAGAGAACCCUCGAUGCCAAGGGGCACUGUCUACUGGAAAUGCCUUCGGGCACAGGGAAAACCGUGACAAUUCUCUCCCUAGUUGUAGCAUAUAUGCUCGAAAAUCCCCAUAAAAUCCGCAAAUUAGUUUACUGUUCGCGAACAGUUCCGGAGAUCGAAAAAGUCAUGGCAGAAUUGAAGCAACUAGUGAAAUACUACGAGGAACAUGCAGUGGAGGAAUCCAACAUCUUGGGCAUUGUCCUGAGUUCACGCAAGAACACUUGCAUCCACCCAGAUAUCAGUCGAGAGCGCGAAGGGAAGAUUGUCGACGCCAGAUGCUACGGGCUAACAGCAAGCUACGUCCGGGAGAAGAGGCAGUACGAUGAAUCCAUUCCCUCAUGCCAGUACUACGAGGGAUGGGAUCUCGAGGGGAAGGAAUCUCACAUACCAACAGGAAUCUACGCCUUGGAUGAUCUAAAGGAGUUUGGCAGGCAACGAAAUUGGUGUCCGUAUUUCAUGGCCAGAUACUUGAUUCUACAUGCUCAAAUCAUCGUAUACAGUUACCAUUAUCUCUUGGAUCCUAAAAUCGCAGAAGUUGUCUCCAAGGAGAUUCCCAAGGAAUCUGUAAUCAUCUUCGAUGAAGCUCACAACAUCGACAAUGUCUGCAUUGAUUCGAUGAGUGUGAAGAUCAAUCGGCGAAUUAUUGAGAGAGGUACAAAUAGUCUUCAUGCCCUGGAGAGAACAAUUGCGGGCAUUAAGGAGUCAGACACGAGGAGAUUGGCAAAUGAGUAUCAGAAACUCGUUCAGGGUCUCAAGGACGCAACAGCAGCACGGGAGAAUGACAUGAUGCUGGCCAAUCCUGUUCUUCCCGAUGAAAUUCUCCAUGAGGCCAUUCCGGGCAAUAUCCGCACAGCUGAUCACUUUAUUGGGUUCCUAAAACGCUUUGUGGAGUACCUAAAGACGAGAUUGAGAGUUCAGCAUGUGGUGCAGGAAUCACCAGCUGGAUUUCUCAAAGAUUGCCAAACAAAAGUUUGCAUUGAGCGAAAGCCACUGAGAUUUUGUGCUGAGCGAUUGGCGUCGUUACUGAGAACAUUGGAAAUUACUGAUAUGACAGAAUUCGGAGGAUUGACUGUGAUUACUCACUUUGCAACGCUCGUUUCUACUUAUACUAAAGGUUUCACCAUAAUCAUAGAACCCUUUGAUGAUAAAACCCCAACUGUUUCCAAUCCAAUCCUUCACUUUAGCUGUCUGGACUCUUCGAUAGCCGUCAGGCCAAUUUUCACACGUUUCCAGACGGUUGUUAUAACGUCUGGGACUCUGUCGCCUAUGGAUAUGUAUCCAAAGAUCUUGGAUUUUGAUCCUGUCAUCAUGAGCUCCUUCACAAUGACACUCGCGCGGCCCUGUUUGCUGCCCAUGAUUGUGUCCAAGGGCAAUGAUCAAGUGGCCAUUUCGUCAAAGUUCGAAACUCGAGAGGAUUCCGCCGUGAUUAGAAAUUACGGACAAUUGCUCGUGGACACAGCUAAAACCGUGCCCGAUGGCAUUGUUUGCUUCUUCACUUCGUAUUUGUAUUUAGAGUCCGUUGUGGCUGCUUGGUAUGAUCAGGGAAUUGUGGAUACCCUCCUGAGGCAUAAAUUGCUGUUCAUUGAGACUCAGGACAGUGCUGAGACGUCCUACGCUCUCAUGAACUACGUCAAAGCUUGCGAGUGCGGCAGAGGAGCUGUUUUACUCGCCGUGGCCAGAGGGAGAGUCUCAGAAGGAGUGGAUUUUGAUCAUCAUUUAGGAAGAGCUGUACUUAUGUUUGGCAUUCCAUAUGUCUACACUCAAUCUCGCAUUCUAAAAGCGCGUCUUGACUAUCUCAGAGAUCAAUUCCAAAUUCGAGAAAAUGAUUUUCUUACUUUUGAUGCCUUGCGACAUGCUGCACAGUGUGUUGGUCGGGCGAUUCGUGGGAAAACUGAUUAUGGUAUCAUGAUAUUUGCCGAUAAGAGAUUUUCGCGGCAGGAUAAGCGUGGGAAGUUGCCAAAGUGGAUACAGCAGCAUCUGACUGAUAGUUACUGCAAUUUGAGCACGGAAGAGGCGAUGCAAUUGGCCAAACGUUGGCUUCACAUCAUGGCACAGCCAUUCACGAGGGAGGAUCAGCUAGGGGUGUCUCUGUUGACGCUUGAGCAGUUGGAGAAUACGCGAAAGGAGAAGCUUGAGCAACAGGCUCAAGGAGAAUCGAUGGAUGUAUCGUGAGAUGUUUAAAUCUUUUUUUUAAAUACAAAGUUAUAUCAUCACAAAGUAAGAUGCAAAUGACAUAUUUUUUCCAACAUUAGAAAUACAUGAAUGGGCAUUAAAUGGAAAGAUAUGCGAGCAUAA